GACAAGCCCAACACUCGUGGAAUCACCCACACAAUCCACGGAGAAACAACCUGCUCCUCCUCCAUGUCUUGUGGUUGCCCCACCUGUAUUUAUUAGUCCUGUCGUCAGUGAUGGAGUUAUUGAUCUUGUAAGCGAUGAUGACAAUGACUUUGUUAGUGAUAUGGUCAAUUUGAGCUCUAAAAUGACCAAUCUGGUUGUUGAAGACAUGGAUGAUGAGCAAAUGCUUCAGAUUAUUUCUAAUAUGGAAGAUGUUUUGCAUUCCAAAAACAAAGAAUGUCAACCAACCAGACUGCAAGCAGAUGACCAAAACAAGACCUAUACUCCGGAUGAUGUCAUGCUCCAAACUGAGGCUGAUAUGUCACUCGAUGGUCUUCCAAUCUCUCAUGGAGAUGCCUGUGAAAUUAAGGAACUAGAUGCUGUGGCACCACAGGAGACCAUGGUUAGCAAAAUGACUGAAAGCAGCGCAUUGCAGAACUCUGGCAUGAGAGAAACUGUACAGUCCAAGUAUCUUGAUAUUUACUCUCACUAUCAGCAGAUGAGAAAUAUCAGAAACACGACUGAAGGAACUUGGCUAAGAGAUACAGACUCAGCCACCCAGCCAAAAACGAAACCAUCCAAGUCUUCACCAGGUGACCCUUUUGGGCCAUCCACAUCCGAAAGGACAAGCCCAACACUCGUGGAAUCACCCACACAAUCCACGGAGAAACAACCUGCUCCUCCUCCAUGUCCUGUGGUUGCCCCAUCUGUAUUUAAUAGUCCUGUCGUCAGUGAUGGAGUUAUUGAUCUUGUAAGCGAUGAUGACAAUGACUUUGUUAGUGAUAGGGUCAAUUUGAGCUCUUUAAUGACCAGUCUGGUUGUUGAAGACAUGGAUGAGGAGCAAAUGCUUCAGAUUAUUUUUAAUAUGGAAGAUGGUUUGCCUUCAGAGGAGAAAGAACACCAAUUUCCCAGCUUCCAAUCAUGUGACCUAAAUCCUGGGACAGGUCUUGUGUCCCCUUUUCAGGCUCAUUCAGUAUCUAUCAAGGAGGACAACAGUCCUGAAUCGAGAGCAAUCUCUGAAAUGGCUGUUGUGGAUGCAGAUGAUGAGCAAAUGGGUUUCCAUACCACCAAAACGGAUGUUCUGCAUUCCAAAAACAAAGAAUGUCAACCAACCAGACUGCAAGCAGAUGACCAAAACAAGACUUAUACUCCUGAUGAUGUCAUGCUCCAAACUGGGACAGGAAGUGAGCUUGAAGAUGACGUGGUGAAACUGCUGCAGGAUUUAAUUGAGUAUUCUUCUGAUGAUGGGAUUCACCAAACUCAGGCUGAUAUGUCACUCAAUGGUCUUCCAAUCUCUCAUGGAGAUCCCUGUGAAAUUAAGGAACUAGAUGCUGUUGGACCACAGGAGACCAUGGUUAGCAAAAUGACUGAAAGCAGCGCAUUGCAGAACUCUGGCAUGAGAGAAACUGCAGAGUCCAAGUAUCUUGAUAUUUCCUCUGACUAUCAGGUUAAUUUUCACCUUGCCUUGGAGGAUUCUGAGAAUGGACCACAAUCCUUUGCAGACAAAGACAUGUCAUUAGAGGAGACAGCAAAUGAAAGCUUCCAGCUGUGGUUGGAUAGCUACUGUAGCUCUGCAACUGAAUCACUUGGAAGAGAACGUGGGAGUCUCAGAGGCCUCCAGACUAGCAAUGGUGCAGAGCGCUCUGUGGUCAUGAAUGAUUCCAACGCUCCAUGUGAUAGCAGAGACAGUUUUGGGCUGGGGAAAUGGUGUCCUGCAAUUAUUGAUUCGGAUGAGAAAGAUGGUGAAUUAACAGGUGAACAGUUAAUGGCUCUGAUUUGUUCUUCUUCUUGUCAAUCCAUAUUCGAUGUUCUCUUGGAAGAAAUGGAGGCUGCAGCUGGAGAAGCAGGAACUGCCAGCAAUGUAUCUAAUGACUCAUUAGAUGCCCAAUGUAAUUUCAUGUGAUCUACUUUUGCAACCUUCUGCCAAGGAAAGUCAAUGGGGAAGCCUACAUUUUCUUUUGAUCUAUACAUCCUUGUUCUUUUCCAUUCCAAUUUUUAUUCCUCAAAUCCAACCAUGAGUAAAUCCUAUUCCAAAUCUCCUAGUAUUCUGUCUCCUUUAUUUUUUAGUUCCAGCGUUAGUCUAUCACAUUCUGCACAGUCUAAUAUUUUCUUUAUUAUUUCCCUUUCUAGAGGUAUGUUCUCACUCUUCCAUUGUUGGGCAUAAACUAUUC